UAAUCUUGAAUGCAGUACUGCAAACCCAAUAUCAUAAUUGAUAUUAUAAUAGUUUAAUAUCAUUAAUCAACGGUAUUAUAAAAGAAUCACAAUAUAGUUGUAAACUAGAAGAAAAAUGGGAAUAGAAAAUUAAAUAAGUGUACAAUACGAAAGUAGACACCGCCUUCGUUUUACUUAACAAGGUCUAGCUCCCUGGCCAUGGAGUCUUAUGAUUUUGUAAUCUUUUGAACUUAAUUAAAACUGUUCCUCUUAUUGAACAAUAUAAACACAAAUCUCUAUACACGUAAAUCAAGAGAAUACGGAACAUGAAAAAUAAUUAAAAACUUAUGAUAAACUUAAACAAUCACAAAACUGUUACACUCGAUUCGAAUUAUCAACAGGUCUAUCGAAUGAUUUCAAUUCUCAUGUAAAGCUAUCAAAAUGCUUACUAUCGAUUCGAAGUGAUAUUUCAAUAGUACAGUGUUAAGGGAAAAUGAAAAAAUAAUUCAAAUUUAAUAAUAUAUGGAUUUAAUUGGCUUUGGAAAAGUUUGUAAAAUAUAAGCCAAGAAAGUACGAACUAUUAUAGUGUGACUAAAUUUGGUCAUAGAUAUUGUUGUAAUAUAACCUAAAUCUUUAGCAUUAAGUAAGAAAGAAGGAAUUAUGCUGCGUUUUAAGAUGAAUAGGGGAGUGUUAGUUGCGUUUGUCCUUCCAUUUACUUCUUAUAAUUCUCUCGAUGUGGAUCGUACGAAAAAGAAAGAUGAUUCUUACCCUACGGUUGAAGGAGAAGAUUCCUUAAUGCUUUCAGGUACAGAGAGAUUAAAACACAUGCUUAUAACGAGUAACGGCGAACUUACCAAAGAGUCACAAUCUAUCAUAAGUGCAACUACUGUCUGUGGCAUUGGAUCAUUUGUUAUUGGUGGAUUGACAGAAGCGUUGAGAGUUCCAGAGAAAUUCAAGAAGGAGAAUCAAACUACAAAAUUUUUGUCUCAGAUUCAUGCGAACAAACUAUUAAAUGAUCAGAUUGCGCUUGAAUUUUUCCGUAAAGGCAUAUCAUAUGGCUGGAGGGUUGGAUUAUUCGCCUUUUUCAAUCAAGCUAUAGGAGUUUCAUUGUACACGUACAGAGGUAAACAUCAAAUAAGAAAUUAUACUUUGGCUGGUGCCAUAUCAGGCGGUUUAUUUAAAUUGCACUUAGGGCUUAAAGGAAUUUGCGCAGCUGGAGUUAUUGGUGGCUUGUUUGGUACUAUUUAUGGUACCUUAUCAGUGGGUAUGUUAUAUUUAAGUGGAACUACUAUUGAUCAGGUUUACAGUGCAAAUUUGGAAUAUAAACAAAGAAGGCGAAGUAAAAUGAAAGAUGGUUCUAUAGACGAAGAAACAAAAGAAACAAUACGACAGUAUGAAGAGAAUAGAAUUCUUAAAGAGAUUCUUGAGAUUAAGAAAGAAGAAGUAGCAAACACUGUAUGAAAUAUAAUUACAAUGUAAAUAUUCAUGAUUUGUAUCAUUGCUUACAAAUUUAGUUUGUAUUGUUUCUCACUUAUUUAAUAAUUUCUAAACAAUGUAAAUUAUAUAUUAAACUGGUUGUAAUCUUUACACGUAUUUUCCU